CUUGAGUCCCAUCCAAAGUGAAUAUAUAAACUUAUUUAAUUUGCUUGCAUGACUGACUAACAUACAGGAUGCAACAGGGCUGAAAGCAAACAAUAGAAAAAGAAAUUGCCACAUACAGUAUGAUCUGUAUUUCUGGUUGUGAUUCUAGUUCUUAGCUGUGUUUAGUCCCAGUUUCUAUAGUUUGUAUAGUUACUCACUGAUUCAUUGUUUAGUCUCAUCUGUUCCUUUUGUCCUCCCUCAGUAUUUAUUUUUCCCUGUAUGGUUCAGUUCUAAGUUCUUUUCUUCUUGUUGUAAGGUUUGGCUUGCUGCACUCCUGUGUUUCAGUGUGGGUUUUGUUUUCGAAUGUGACAGAAAAACAGACUUGAAACAUGGAUCUAACAGUGGUUCAAACCUCUUAUCCAAGAGGGAUUGUUUUCUCGAGGAUCACAUGAGUGUCUUUUUAAGAUCUGGUGGUAAUGUCACCAAUCAUCUGUAAUGGAUUCACGAAUCUGCUGUUGUUUGCAGUCAAGGAAGAUAUAAUGAUGAUUCCGAUGAGAUUUUGAGCUUCAGAGUUUUUGCAUUCCAUUCAACUGUAUAGAAACAACUUUGUUGUUUAUUUAAAUAAAAAGUACCAAAAUGUAAAGAGCAUUAAAAAAUCUAUCACAUAAUAUAAAUACGUUGUCACUGAAUAAGAAUAUGUGAAUAACUCAAUUUUGACAAAAAUGUCAGAUAGAACCUUAUAAUUCCAAGGGGAUGAUACAGGCAUCAUAUUUUACUAAAAGCUAAAUAUAGGAGAUCUUAUAAAAUAUUUAGGAGUAUAAAAAUGUAAAACAGUGUGUUCAGGUGAAAAUCAUGCUAAUGAACUACAUCUAUUGUAAUCCUUUAACGUUUAGCUCAUUAUAACACUGUUAUGUAUUUAAGUGAAAAGAUCAUAGAAACUAAUAUUGACCUGGUGUUUCAAUAACCUUCGAUCCUCAACUAAAGAUACACUCUUAAAAAUAAAGGUGCUUCACGAUGCCAAGAACCUUUUUGUCUAAAUGGUUCAAGAAAGAACAUUGAUGAAGGUAUAUCAGAUUAUAAAAAGGUAAGACAGAUGGUUCUUUAAAGAAACUUUGACUGAAUGCUUCUUUGUGGAACCAAGAAUGGUUCUUCUGUGCCAUUGCUGUGAAGAACCUUUAAAGCACCUUUAUUUUUAAGAGUGAAGGCAAUACCUGAAUCACUCAACAAUUUAUGUAUGACUUCUGCAGAACAUAAAAAGAUUCUUUGAAGAAUAAUGGAGGACAGAAAGCAUUGAACCCAUGACUUUCAUUUUUUUGACAAACUCAUUUUAGGAUGGUUGGUUUAAGUAGUUAUAAUUCAUUAAACCUCCCUUUAUAAUUAAAUGGCAUGUAAAUGAUGUAAGCUAAAGUUUCAUUUUCUAGUAAUGUCUACUUUAACCUUUCAUUUUCUCAUUAAGACCUUCCCCUUUGAAAAGCUAUAAAUGAGCGCUGAAACAGGUGUCACUUCAUUCAGCUCCUGAUCAACGAUGGAUCUGCAAAUCUCAGCUUUUCUUCUGUUCCUUCUGUUCACUGCAGGACACUCUCUCAGCUGUUAUGAGUGCUCAGGUCUGUUGGGCUCUUGUGCAAGUCAAAAUAUAAAAACAUGUCCCAGUGGACGUUCGAAGUGCAUGAGUUCAACAACGGUAGUAAAUGUUGUUGGCAGUGGUACUAAAGUGAAAGCUAAAGACUGUAUUGCUGACUGUGUAAGUGGAUCCAUGAACAUCGGUGUUGGAAAGACAUCAUUUGCGUGCUGUAACACAGACCGGUGCAACUUCCAAGACGCUCCAGAUCCCUCUAUUGUCCCCAACGGAAAGAUGUGUUACUCCUGUGAUGACAAGAGCUGCUCAAACAUAUUGAAGUGUUCAGGGAGUGAAGACCGCUGCUUUAAAGCCUCAGGGACUUUAGGUGGCCAGUCAACAGUUGUAAAAGGCUGUGUCUCUAAAUCUAUCUGUGAUGCUGAAACAUCGGUUAGAGAUAUUCAGGAAGCCUCGUGUUGUUCAGGGAAUCUGUGUAACGGUGUUCAGAGCAUCUCUCAGAGCUUCCUGUUCCUCUGCUGUUCUCUGCUCUCCUUCAUCCUGCUGCACUGAAUCCAGCAGAUCUUCACAUCUACAAUCAGACACACUGCACUGAAUAUAGAGCUUGUGCUUUCUCUGUACUGUGCAUCAUUGGUGCCUUUCUAGUUUUUGCGGUGACAUUCUGAUGUGACAUUUUGAAUUAAAACACUACAUUUAAUACAGCUCGUCAUGCUGUAAAAAAAUUAAAAAUAAAUCAUUACUACAAAA